UAAUAUUCUAAGCUAAGAAGAAGAUGAGCUGCAGUUAUUUGUUAUGAUUUAGCAACCUUCGAUGUAUCAGCUGAGCAAGGCUUAUAUCAGGUAUAUUGCUGCGUUUCCCGUAUGUUGUGAAUUAGGGAAGAACGUUAGCUGUUUUCGGUUCCCUUCUUUUAUCGACCACUGACUUCGCCUAACGUCCCACUUUAAUUUUAGCAGCUGAAGUUCACGUUACCCAGAAGAGCGAGGAGCAGCAAAUCCACACACAGCCUUGUGCAGACGCUGUCGGUGCUUUCCAACCUGUCCGUUAGUCCUCUGAAGUAGCUCUUGUCGUAGUGGAGGGACAGGAGGGAAACCCAGCAGGUAGAGAGGCAGCAGGACAGGCAGGACUCAGCAUGCCUCUGUUCUUCAGAAAGAGGAAACCCAGCAAUGACUCCCAGAAGAGACUGGAAUAUCAGCUGUGCCGGUCUAAGGAGGCAGGUGCUGAUGACAUCCUUGAUAUUUCAGCGUGUGAGCUCUCGGAGGUUCCCUCCUGUGCCUUUUCCAUUUGCAAGGUGCUACAGAAGAAGGUCCUUAUCCUCCAUAACAAUCAACUGAGGUCAUUGCUGCCCAAAGGAUGUGACAUCAAUGCUCUUGCCACUUUAAAGGUUUUGGAUCUACAUGAGAAUAAGCUCACUUCACUCCCAGAAGACAUUGGGAAGCUGGCGUCACUGCAGAUUCUGAACCUGGAGAAGAACCGUUUAAACGCACUGCCGGACUGUAUUGGGGAUCUACGACUUCUCCAGACACUCAAUUUGAAGGGUAACUGUCUCAGUGAGCUGCCGUCCUCAGUUGGUUCUUUGAGCAGCCUGCGCACCCUGGACCUGAGCGACAAUAGCAUCGUCCAGCUCCCCAAAGCUCUGGUCUACAUCCGCACCCUAGAGAGCUUUACACUUGAUGCUGCCAUGAUGUCCUACCCGCCUGCUUCCGUGUGUAAAGAGGGCACAGAGAGCAUCCAACGCUUCCUAUGCACCGAGCUGGGGGAGGAGUACUGCCCCCCAUCCCAGUAUCUCCUGCCGGUGCUGGAGAGUGAGUGUGGGAAACAGGACUCUGACUGUGUGGAUGGCUUGGAGGAGGCCUGGCUGAACAAAUUCAGUGACUACGAGAAGAGAAAGGAGCAGAAGCAGCAGUCGAAGCUGGCCUUCGAGCGGCACCUGGAGGAGAAGAAAAAAGAGCACACCCAGCUCGUACUCAUGAACUCCUCCCACAAGGAAAACAUCCUCAACUCAGUCCGACAGGACCAGGAGCGUCUGGAGCUGGAGGUCAGCCAGCAGCAGAGGGCUCAGGAGGCCGAGAGGCUGCUGGUGCUGGAGAAAGUCAGACAAGCUGAAGACAGCAUCAGCAGUCGCAUCUGCAGCAUGCUGAUGGACAAAAACAGGCAGGAAAAAAGUGCAGAGUUUCUUCAAGCCAUGGAGGAAGAUCGGAUCCGUAUGGAGCACCUGACUGCCAUCACACAGGAUGAAGCCAAUUCACUGAGGAAGAGGGAGGUGGCAGUUGCCAUGCAGAAGCUGCUGUCAGACAGCUGUGCUAUGAGCCUCCUCCAGGAGGCCAGUGACUUUCGCAGACAGAACCUGGUGUCUGAGGCCUGCAGAAGUAUGGAGAAUUUGGACAAGAAGUUUGAUAAGAUGCUGUCCCUCCAAGUUUUGGACAAAUCUAAAGCCAUCGCCCAAAUCUUACAGGAGGAGGAGAUGCAGAAAGCAGCGUUCCAGGCCCUGCAGCUGCAGAAAGAUGCUGUACACGGCUACAUCCGUAACCAGAUCAAUCUCAUAGAGGGGGAAUUAAUGCAGCUGACUAGAUUGGAGAUUAAAAGACGCAAUCUGGAUGCUGAGAACCUGCAGGAGGUGCUGGUGGAGCAGCGCACAGCUCUCGGUAAUUUGUUGCAGCAGCUGCUAAAGCAGAGAGACCAGCGGGAGCAGGAGCUCCGGCAGGUUCUGGUGGAGAUGGAGCUGAAGUCUGAGUCCAAUCAGCAGAACUACUGGAUGAUCCAGUACCAGAGGCUGUUGGAUGCCAAGCCGCUGUCUGUGCGCAUGCAGGAAGCGGGCGUGGAGAAGGAGUUGGUCAACCUGUUAUGCAAGCUGUCCGCCCAGCACUACCUGCCCAUCCUGGCUCAUCAUCGGGUGACAACGGAGGCCCUUCGCCACAUGAACUCAUCUGACCUCAAGAAGCUUGGCAUUAAUGAAAUAGGAAUCCAGAAAGCUCUUCUGCACUGGGCUUGGGAACACAACCCUGAAGGAGCUUGUAAGUCCGUCCAGCAGGACGCAGAGGCCGAAGUCGCCCCCACAGCUCCACCCCCUUGCUCCCCUCCGUCGUUUCCCAGCACCUCCACCAUCCAGAUGCCCAGCCCACCACUCACCCCGGGGACCCCCGUCACCCCCUCCGCCCCCAGCCCUGUGGACGGACCGGGGGGCUCAGAGUGUGUGGUCUGCAUGGAAACCGGGUCUCAGGUCAUCUUCCUGCCCUGUGGCCAUGCAUGUUGUUGUCAGGUCUGCAGCGGCGCUCUACAGAACUGCCCUCUGUGUCGGGCCAACAUAUCCCAGCGCAUUCGCCUCUACCACAGCUAGGACCAACUGCACUGUGCUACUCCUUCACUCUUCUUUAUUUAUGCAUGGUCAUAAAGCUGCUGUGAGCUGACCUCAUGUAUAAAAAAAGCUUUGAGCAGGUUUUAAAAGAGCUGAGUCACUUUAAUUUUUAUUAACCAAAAGUCUGAAUAGAUUUAUUUUAAAGUGUAACUCUCGCCAAAAUGCAACCUAAGGGGUUUUUGUGAAUGCACUCAAGUCAAACUUUCGUUUAAAAGCAUAAUUAGGACGGAAGAACCACUUUUAAGAUUCACCGUAUUUUCGUUUUUUUGGUCAAAUGGCCUUUUGAAUGGGAGAGUUAGGGGCACUUUUAUGCUAGCUUCAAAAUAGAUAUUUUUAGAACUCUAAGAAGGCUCGACGCAACAUGACACUCGGCUCUAAGUAUCACCAAGGGCUCUACACUUUAAGAACAUUGUUUGUGUUCACAGAGUUUACCAGAAAGAAAGCUUUUGAACAACUUAACUUUUGCCGGUCAAAAAGAGCCUAUCUCCGAAUGCAAUAGCCUGACAAGCCAAGCCCACAUCAUCAAGAUAUUGGGUCUAGAAACUCACCACUGGCAGGGCUCAAUCUGAGGGACAGGAUGAACAAUUGACUUUCAAAUCCCCUCUGCACGCUACAACCAACCAGAUCAACGCUGGUUGACAGAUUAAACUUUUGCCGUAUACGGUCGGCAAAAAUCCGAACACAUCUUCAUUUUUUAAGAAUAACUUCAGUGCUUCCAGUGUCUUCCAGUGUCGCGGCCAAAGCCGAAUCGAAAGACAAUCUUUUUUUGUUUUCAAGUAGCGGGGAAUUCACGCAGAAGUCUGCCGUCCUUAUGUUAGGCCCACCCACCGACUCUAUACACAGUGUGAUUGUGAUUGCUGAGUUUAUGUGUAGAGCCCCUGUGAGACUUGGAACAAAGUCUCAUGUGACAAAAUAGUGAUGCGAUCAUAGUAGUGUCCCUAGCUCUCCCAUUCAAAAGGCAUUUGACCUAAAACAAGAAUCGGGUGAAUCUUAAAAGCUGUGUUUCCGUCCUAAUUAUGCUUUUAAAUGAAAGUUUGACUUAGGUACAAUCACAGAAAGACCCUAGGUUGCAUUUUGGCGAGAGUUACGCUUUAACGGUGUUGUGUUUUUGGUUGUGUGAGCCUGUUUUAUUUUGUUCUUUUUAAAUAUUUUUGUUAUAUUUUUUUAAAUUAUAUACUUAGCGCCAAGUGGGCUACACCGCUCACUGGUUGAAGACUUUCUUAUUUUAGUUUCUCAAUUGAUGUGUGCCUUCUUCUGAAAAUGUCUUUUUUUUUUAACUUUCUGUGUUGUCUACCAAAGUAACACCUAUCCAACAUUUAUAUAAGUUAACAUAAAACGUGAUCUAUUGAUUGUCAUUGCUUUUGCCAUCAUUGCUGGCUGUCAUUGAAUCACUGAAGCAACCUCAUCUUGUUGCUCUUCAAGUUUCCUGAUGGAAUUAUGUAUCAAGUGUCAAUAGGGUGGAUUAUAUAUCUAUGCAUAUCAAGACAAUUUAAGGGGAACUCAUUGCUGCCCGGGUCAAAAGCGAUAGCUGUUGUUUUUUUAUCGUUAUUGUUUUCAACAACGAAACACAAUUUAGCAGCUCUCAAUAUGACAGUUAAAGGGUAACUACCUUUUUUUUAACCCUAUUUCCCUAUGUUUUUGUCUAAGUGACUGAUCUUUGAACAGCAAUCAACAACAAUCUUUGACAUUGGUCCAGUAUUAAGUGAGAUCGCUGCAGUCGACAGCGGCGAAACAAGCUACGAUGUAAGUUAAUAGGGCAAUUGUCCAGCUUGUUUUUACCUUCACAAAAGUGCUUAUUUUGGCACAGAUUAAUAUUCUAAGUGUUAAUCUGAAAAAGCUCUGAAGUUGCUAGCCAUUAUAACAUUGUAGAUAUGACCGAAAACACGGAAAAGCAUAAUAUGUCACCUUUUAAAAAGUGGGCGGUUACUGUUGAGCUCUGUUAAAGAUGCUAUUAAGUUGCAUUAUGGGAAAUGUAGGAUCCAGGGAUUUUGGAAAUUGCCCUAUGCUAUGGACUAAAAGUCAGGAUUUCUCAGACUGUGCUGCUUUGGUGUUAAACCUUGUUUUCUGAAAAGUUUCUCUCACCGUUCCCCCAGUUUCAUGGAAGUGCAAUACUAAAUUGGUGGAGUACCCCUUUAAAAUUAGAUUUUAACACUUUUUAAGAUCACAUAAUAAAGGAGGACACACCUUAUGCUCUAUAUUAUGCCAGUUUUGGGGGGGAUAUUUUGGAUAUUGCUUCAGUAGUGCAUACAAUCCUAUUUCAAAAACAAUCAAAUGACCACAACCCAUUUGCCGAGCACUCCAGCUGGGCCUUUUGGGGACUCCUAGGGUCUCCUAGGGUCUGUGGUCCCUGGGCAGAUGCUUGCUUACCUGGAUUGGAAAUCCAGCCUUGGACAUCACUCUAGUUUUUUGAUCCCACUCUUAUUUGAAUUGCUAUAUAUGGUGCAUAUGUAUGAAGUGACGACACAUAACCUGUUUGUAGCCAUCACUAAUGCUAUUAUACUCUGUCAAGUGCUCUUAACUUCAACAUCCCAGCAUGUUUCAGGAAAUAUCUUUACUUAUGACUGUUAAACGUAGUGUGUUAGAGAUUUCACUUCUAUAUAAAUCAGACAUUUCAUGUCAACAGACAGUGUAAUGUAAAAUAUGUGUGUGUUUUCCAUGUACUCAUCUUGUGGUUAAUGUAAAAGCUUUCUGUUGCUGGAGAGAUGAACUGCUCCUACACAGACAGCAACAUCUGGAAAUGUACUGAAAUACAGUAGGCUUUACAAACAG